AUGGCCCUUGUCUGUGACUAUGGCUCUGGCUUCAGCAAGGUGGGCUUCUCCGGAUCAGAAUUUCCCAGGGCCAUGUUCCCAACUGUCCUCGGGACGCCUCUGCACAAAAGUUUAUUCCAGGAGGAAAACGCCAAAGAAUUGUUCAUUGGAGAAGAGACCCUAGAGAAUAGACGGCAGCUCCAGCUGCAUCAUCCCAUCUUGCGAGCCACUGUCUUGAACUGGAGCAACAUGGAAAAAGUAGGUGCAGCUUCUGCAGGGGUGUGGCACCACUCCUUCUACCAGGUGCUUCAUAUCUCCCCCGAGCAGUACCCUCUGCUGAUUACAGACCCGCCUUUAAGCACAAUCAAGCAGAAAGAGAACAUCUUGCAGAUCCUGUUCGAGGAGUUCAGGGUGCCUGGCCUGUACCUGGCCAACCAAGCGGUCCUUUCUCUCUUUGCCUCUGGCCAAGUUUCUGGGACAACCAUAGAAUGUGGAGAAGGACUGACAUACUGUGUGCCCAUCGUGGAGGGCUACUCUCUGCAGCACUCAACACUUAAGAUGGAAGUGGCAGGACAAGACCUGACCCUGUACCUCAUGAAACUGCUGGCAGAAAGUGGGAAUACAUUGGUACGCAAAGUAGGCAAAGACUCUAUCCAGGAUAUGAAAGAGAAGUAUUGUUAUGUGGCUUCAAAGUUUGACAGAGAUGAGGAGAAAACCAAGGUCAAUACGAACACCCAGACCUAUCAUCUGCCUGAUGGCCAAGAGAUCAUCCUUGGGUCAGAGAGAUUCCUCUGCCCGGAAAUUCUUUUCCAGCCAGACCUCAUUGGGAUAAACAGCCCAGGCAUCCACAUGAUGGCCUUCAAGAGCAUGAACUCCUGCAAUCCUCAACACUGGGACACUCUAUUUGGAAACAUCCUGCUGACUGGAGGAACUGGAUCCUGUGCUGGCUUGCAGAUCCGGUUGCAGAAAGAAAUUUCCAAACUUGCUGUUCCUAGUAUGUCCGUGAAGGUGUCCAGCUGCCCGUAUUCCAAUUGCAGUGCCUGGAUUGGCGGCUCCAUCCUAUCUUCCCUCUCAACCUUCAAGGACAUGUGGAUCAUGCACAACGACUAUAAAGAUGUUGGGUCAUCCAUCAUCAGGAGGAGAAGCCCAUGA